CAGAAGCAUCAGGUGUAGCGGGCCUGUUUAGUUUGAUUGUACUUAUAUGAGAAUAUUGAUCUACUUAAUUCCCAUUAGAUUUUCUGUGACCAUGAAGAGCAGUUGGAUAUUUCUGUGUGGACUUUCUCUUUGUACCUGGUCUAUCCAAGGAACCUACAUAUAUGGAGGAUCAGACAUCUGUGAGUGCAAUGGAAAGUCACGUUAUUGCCUGCCAGACUCUGGUGGCCUCCAUUGUGUGGACUGCCAAGACAACACUGAGGGAAGGCAUUGUGAAAGGUGCAAGGAGGGAUUUCACCACCAGAGGGCAGGAGACAGUUGUCUGCCGUGUAACUGCAGCCCUAUAGGUUCUGUAGGCUCACACUGUGACAGUAGAGGACGCUGCAGCUGUAGAGCGGGAGCACAUGGAGAGAAAUGUGACCGAUGUCUGAAUGGAACACCGAUCAGCUCAAAUGGCUGUGCUGCUAAUGGUGGCCAGCUCACUGACAACUCAGUGACAGCUCAAUCUCUACCUUGCUUUUGCUAUGGACACUCGACUGAGUGCUCCACAGCCAAGGGAUACUCAGUUCACACAAUCACCUCAACCUUCGACGAUGGGCCAGAGGGGUGGCGAGCUGCCACAGCUAAUGGUGUGACCCCGUCUCAAGUCCACUUCCGCUGGUCCCCCACUCAUCAUGACAUUGAGGUCAUCUCCAAAGACAUCCUGCCUGUUUACCUCUAUGCCCCUGACUCUUACCUGGGCAACCAGGAGCUGAGCUACGGUCAGAACCUGUCCUUCUCCCUGAGGCUGGACCGAGGGGUUCGCCACCCGUCCACGGCUGAUGUGGUGCUGGAGGGAUCUGGGCUGAGCGUGGCAGCUUCCCUGGGAGACCUGAGGACCAUCGUUCCCUGUGGACAGAAGAUCACCUACACAUUCAGACUGGAUGAGCAACAGAGCAGUAAAUGGAGGCCCCUCCUUUCAUCUUUCCAGUUUCAAACACUCCUCCAGAAUCUGACUGACAUCAAAAUCCGUGGGACAUUUGGAGAAAAUGGGCGUGGUUACCUUGACAACGUGCAUAUGGAGUCUGCCCGUCGAGGUGCCGGGUCCCCAGCUGCAUGGGUACAGAAAUGUAGCUGCCCAGUGGGAUAUGAGGGCCAGUUCUGUGAGAAGUGUGCUGCAGGGUAUAAAAGAAGUUCCCCAAGCAAAGGUCCAUACAGCUCCUGUGAGCCCUGCAGCUGUAGAGGAGGAAGCUGUGACUCUGAAACAGGAGACUGUUACUCUGCAGAUGAGACCCCUGGUCGCCGAACCUGCCCGCCAGGGUAUUAUAAUGAUCCUGCCCAGCCACAGUCCUGUCUGAAGUGUCCCUGUCCCAAUGGAGGUGCCUGCUCUGUGAGCCCAGGAUUCCUUAAGGUCAAGUGUGACCUCUGUCCACCUGGCACCACUGGCUCACGUUGCCACACCUGCCAGGAUGGUUUCUAUGGUGAUCCCUUGGGAGAAGAUGGCGUCCAGAGGCCUUGUCGGCACUGCCAGUGCAACGGGCACAUGGACACCAACACUGUCCGUAGCUGUGACCCACGGACAGGGGAGUGCCUGAAAUGCCUAAAUCAUACCACUGGCUUCUUCUGUGAGAGCUGUCUGGAGGGCUAUCACCACAGCAUCCCAUCAGAGGCAUGCAAAUCUUGUGGCUGCAAUUCCCAAGGCUCUCUGUACAACAAAUGCAGUAACCAGGGCCAGUGUUCAUGCAGGGAAGGCUUUGAAGGUCUGAAGUGCCAGCAUUCUGCAUGUCCCUCCUGCUUCAACCUUGUCAAGACCAAGAUGGCGGGGUACACUCAUAAACUGCAGGAGAUAGAAACUAUUUUUACGGGCAUGGAGAGUGGCAGUCUGCCAGUUAACAACGCCCAGAUGGAGAAAGCCAUAAGAGCAGCAGAGGACAUAGUCACAGACCUGCAAAGGAAUGCACAGACACUCUCUGAAUCAGAGAAAGACUUACAGGCCCGGCUCUCAGACAUCAGUGCAACCCAGCUGAGUGAAGGCAGAGACAUCCAGGCGAUCUCCAACACCAUCGACAACAUCAAGCUGCAGGACCAGAAGUACCAACGUCAGGUAUCUGAUGUCCAGAGACUCAUCAGCGAUGUGCGGCGCAAACUAGAAGAGGCAAGAUUCAACAUCAAACAAGCUGAAUUCCCCUUAGGUGAUGCAGAGGCGGGCACGGACACCCUCUCUUCUCUGGUUCAGAGAGCAACAGACCUGGCUGAAAAACACCAGAGCAAAGCGGGGACAGUGGAGAAGGCAGCAAACAGUGCCCUUGCAAAGUCAGAGAAGUCCCUGGCACUCAUGAGAUCUGUCAUGACAGGGGAAAACAAGAUCAAGGAGCUUAUCAGUGAUCUCAAAACCAAGUAUGAUGAGAACUCAGCCCAGGUGAAGGCCAUGGAGAGCCUGGCCACUCGCCUGAGCAGCUCUGCCCGAGAUGAGAGCAGGAUGGCAACUAACACUCUGGAGCAGAUAGCCUCCCUGGAGCUGGGAAUCCCUGGUCCUCUCAAGGACAUUGACGGUGUGGUGGCCAAAAUGGCUGGCCUGAGAGAACGGGUGGAGAAGGACCUCAUAGGGUACCAGGCACUGCAAGAGGACACCCAGGAGGACAAGGCCGCAGUAGAGGAUCUCCUGGCCCAGGGGAAGGCAGCUCAACAGAAAUAUGACCAGCUCCUUGACAGAGCAAAUGCUGCGAAGGCUGACACAGAACUGGCCCUGAAGGAUAUCACAGAUAAUAUUGAUGGGGUGGAUAAUGUACUGGAGAUGCUAAGAGGGUUUGAUGGCCAGAUCAACAAGAACAAGACUUUGGCCGACGAGGCCAUAAAGAAACUCCCUGGCAUCAACGCCACCAUUCAUCAAGCUGUUGGCAACAACUCAGAGACCCUAUUCAUCAUAGGCAGUGUGUCUGUAGACUACAAUGAUGCACUGGGCACUGUCAGCAGCCUGGAAGCUGUGGUCUCUCGACUGGAGGGAAUGUCCGGCUCGUUACCAGUUCCUCCUGCUGGUCUGUUGAAGGACGCCACUAAGCUGAAAGAGGACGUGCAGGGACUGCAGAAGCAGGCAGUGGCCACCGUGGCCAAAGUGGCAUCAGAGAGGGCCAACGCUGAGAUACAGAUAGACAGAGCUGCAGAGGCUUUAUUGGGAGCAACUGGUGCUUACAACAAUGCCAAGCACAUCAGAGACGCUGUGGGCGAAACACUCCUGGUCAUCAAUAACCUUCUGAGCAUGAUCGGUAAUCCAGGCAGUGUGGACGAGGAGAGGCUAGGUGAGUUGGAGCAGUCCAUCGCCAGCGCUCGUGGCCAGGUUAACCAGCAGCUACGGCCUCGACUGCAGGACCUGGAAGAGAAGGAGGCCGGCCAGAGGACCAAGUUGACUGGCCUCAACCUAGAUAUUGAUAUGGUCCUGGACGACAUCAGGAACUUGGAGGACAUCCGUGCGAACAUCCCUAAGGGCUGCUUCAACUCCCCACCUAUUGAGAGACCUUAAUCCCCAACUAUUGAGCGAUCUAAGUUUACGUACCAAAUGGCACCCUAUUCCCUAUAUAAUGCACAACUUUUGACCAGGGCCCAUAAGGCUCUAGUCAAAACGUAGUGCACUAUAUAGGGAAUAAGGUGCCAUUUGGGACACAGAUUUAGAGUCUGAAUUUAUGAUGGUAUUAUGUGAGAGAAAAAUGAGUGUUUAACUAAAUGUAUGUAUAACUGUCUGCCCCCCCAAAAAAAUCUGUGACAUUUUCAGACACGAGGAGCAAUAUUUUGUCAAUGGUAAUGCGAUAUUUUCAGUGAUCUAGUAAGUGUUAAAAACAAUGUAUUUUCUGUUGUAUUCUGUAAAAUAAACUGCAAUAUUUAUUCCUUAA